AUGCAUUACGUUCAGCCGCCUCUGGCUCCAAAUGAGCUUCGCGGAGCUCCGAGUCACGGCGACUGUUCCCAUACUCCUGUGUCUGACACUCAAUCUUCCUCAAGUGUCGGGCCAUCUCUUGACAUCCCCUCUCGACGGGAACCCUGCCGUCUUGAAGCGCUAUCAGCUUGCAUCGACAGUUCCGCUCGUGCGAGGAUCAUUGCGGUUAUGGCCCUAGACAUCUUCGCCCGUGGCACCCCGCUCAAUAGACAUUUCGACAGAUGGAUAUGUCCAUUUUCCAAUUGCAAACAAGGCUUUCCCGACCCUAGGGAUAUGAUUCUUCAUGCAGCUCAAUGCAUUCAUGUAUCUCCCAAUGGCGCUUAUUGUAACUGCUGCUGCGAGUAUUACAACUUUCCUAGCAACAGCCGAGCCUAUCGGAUCAGCGCUGGCGAGAGCGUGUCACCCACUGCGAAGCCCUCCACUAUGGCAAAGGGCAAGAAGAAGAUCGCUGGUCUCAUUUCCCGCUGCUCUGGAUCGGCAUCGUCAUCUCGCAGCGAGCUAUCCGCGGUCGGUCAGCGCUCAAGCAGCUGCACAACAUCCAGCUGGGAUUCAAUGUCAGAGUCCCUGCCUACUUCCCGCAAGGGGUCUGUGGUCUCGUCUUUUGAUUUUGCCGGACCAUCAGCAGGUUCCCGCCCUGCGGAUACACUGGCUGAGCUUGGUACCGAUCCCCGUAUUCCUGAACUCGAAAAUUCUGUCGCUUUGUCGAACAGGUCCGCUCAUCGGGCAGUUGCCAAUGUUCAUACGCAACAGCGCUCGGCCCAAUCUUCAAUCUCCACUUUGUCUGCAAUCUCAACCGCUGGCUACAUGGACUCUGUGAGUAGAGACUGUGGGGAUCUCUGCAUGUCGCCCACGGAUUAUUCUGUCCCAGAGCUCCCACAGAAUAGCGAUACACAGACCCACGAAGGUGGAGUUACAUACGCUACCGGUCAAGUCGCACAACAUCAGAUGCAAGCCUCGUUUGCUCCAGCCCAAACUUCCUUCUGGGCUGCGAGCCCGCAACAGGCUGGUGCAACAUGGGAUUUUGACGACUCGGCUCCAUCGUCACAUGUGUAUGCGCAGGGGCUCAUAGUCGACGUACCAAACUUCUCACUUCCGCGACACAAUCCUUCAUCCGGAAUUGGCGGUGAUAAUCGUUUCAGCAUCUCCGAGUCCACCCAUCAACCAGGUGUUGUUGCGAGCAUCGAGCCCCAAUCUCGCUAUAGUUCCGGGGACUCAUUCGACUUUUUCCCCUACCAGUCUUUAGGCAAUGAUCCACCCGGCGUGGGCUUAGCUGUAGACAGUAUGGAGUCGAUUGGUAUGGCUAAAACCAACGUGGAAACAAUAUCCCCAUCACUGAGAAGCUCAAUGGCCUCUUCGAGAUCUUCUGGUACUAUGCAGAAUGACGAUGAUAUGCGCUGUCAGGAAUCAGGAUGCAAAUACCAACCGAGCGGUGCAGAGGCGGAGGUGUUUGUGACAGAAGAAGGGCCCAGAGGCAUUCAGCGUACCGGAAACGUAGGUCUAGUAGACGAAGAGCUGCGCGGCGAAUCUUGA